AUUUUGCUGAGGUGUCCUUGGUUUGUUAUGUGAUGGUUUUGGGCUAGGGAGGUGUUGACAGGGCUUUAUUUUAACGAGAGUUGAGAGGAAAAAAAUUUUAGUGUGCGUUAUACAAAUGACUAUUUUAAACGGCCCAUUUUGGAGGAAAGCUCAGAUUGGUGGAGAAGCUUCCGCGGAAGUUUUAUUCGCGAGUUGGGUUUUUUAGAUGGAUUAAGGGGUCAGCCUCUUGUUUAUGCCGGAUUUAUAUUGUCAGAAGAGGUGAGCUCUGGACUCGAUCAGGGCUGGUUUGAAUUUUUUGGGCCGGGGGGGGUUUAUCUCGAUGUUUUAAGAAAGCGCUAAACUGCAAUAUGUUUAUGUGCAGUCAUUGGUUUGCUUGUUUUUUCGUAGUAUAUAUUUUAGAGGUGUGUUUAUGGGUCGGCCUUUCUUAGUUGGUUCAGAUAUAUGGAAAGUUUGAUAGCAGGGUUAAUGCCUGGCGGGUCCGUCAGAUGUUAGAUUGGGGUCAGAUCUUAGGUUGGGGGAGGAAGAUUAAUGAGUGGGGCCGGCUUUCUAGCGAAGGUUGUAGGUUGGAGAGAAGCCAGAUAAGAUUGCCGGAGCCAGUUACUUUGCAGGGUUACAAUUUAGAGAUGGUAUAUGAGAGGUGCCUAAUCAUUGCUUUCUUUGUAAGGUUUACUGUUAUUUUUUUCCUGCGGAUAGCUUCUUUCAACAAGAUUACAUGUAGGGUUUAUUUAGACUGUGGGCGGUUGGAGGUUUUCUGGUCUUUGGUGCCUUUUAUUUUUUUAGUUUGCUUGUGCACUGUUUCCGUUUUUGCUCUGUAUGUUAAUGAUGAGACAAAUCUUGACCCCUUUAUUGAUGUAAUCGUGGUGGGCCAUCAGUGGUAUUGAAGGUAUGAGUUAACAAGUAGAAAGGCUGAAACUAUUAAAUGGGACUCACGAAUAGUGAGGCGUAGUGCAGGGAGACCUCUUAGGUUCCGUGACUACUCCGAGGUUGACCGCCCGUUGGUAGUUCCACAGGGAAAGCCCAUUCGGGUGUUUGUUACGAGGGAUGACGUUCUUCACAGCUGGGGGUCUCCCCUUCUUUUGAUGAAGAUUGACGCUAUUCCGGGUCGGCUAAGUCGGGGAAGUUUAGACUUUAAUGUUUGCGGGGUGUUUUCUGGGUUCUGUGUUGAGUUAUGCGGCGCAUAUCAUGCUAUAAUGCCUACUAUGAUUGAAGUAGUUAGGCCAGAGGACUAUAGGGAGUGGCGUGAUUGGAGAGAAGGGGGUUGUGAUCUAGGUGCUCGGCUGAAAGCGUUUGUUGAGUUAAUUAACAUUGCGGUUGAGGGGGAGUGUUUAAAUCACAGAUUAAGGCAUAAAGAUAUAGUUAAUGUGAUUAAAGGGGAUGUAACCCCUCUAUUACGCUUACCCUCGAUUCAAAAGAGGCUGAAAUCUAUGGGAUUUGUUCACGUUGAUGUAAUGGAGAAGGUAAUGGGGUCUACGAUAAGAUCUAAAAAGUUUGAGGAGCUUGUUUUAGAAAUGGAGAAGGAGCAAGCUGGGCAUGAUUUGGGAGAACGGCUUUUAAGGCGUCGAGGUAGGUAGCUAUAGUCGGCUGCCUUGGUUUAGACCAGGUAGUGCUUUUAAGG